AGGGAAGGAUCAGGGAGACAAGAUACACCAAAAGGGAGAGGGAAUCUACAAUGGAAGGACACAAGAAAGAUCAACUGGAUUAAGUAGUCAUGAUUAUGCAAAGCCACAUCCAGAGACCAAGGUGUAAAGCAGGGGCUAUCUAAGGAAGCAAAGCUUCUCAUGAAACCAGAGUGGAGGUGCACUAUUAGAUUGAGCACUUUGGAGGAGAAAGCCUGGGAAAGACCCUUGCUGACUGAGCUGAGAAUUAUCGAAACAGUUGUAGAGCAUGAUCAAGAAAUGUAAUUUUUCAAGAAUGAAAAUGGUCGGAGAAAAUGGAAAUCUUUAGAUUGGCUCAGUCAAAAAGAAACAUUAUCAGUUUGAACACGGACCUUGAAAGGGAUAUGCAGAGAAUGGAUGAAGCAAAUCAGAAACUUCUUCUCAAAAUCCAAGAGAGAGAAGAUAAGAUUCAGAGGCUGGAAAGUGAGAUCAUUCAGACGGGGGACCUGGUGGAAGAUGAAGAGUGGGAGAAGGAGAACCGCACCACGAUGGAAAGGGAAAGAGCCUUGCAGGAGCUGGAGGAAGAAACAGCCAGACUUGAAAGGAAGAAUAAGACAUUGGUUCACAGUAUAACAGAACUUCAACAAAAGCUUACAAGGAAAUCACAAAAGAUAACCAAUUGUGAACAAAGCAGUCCAGAUGGAGCCCUAGAAGAGACAAAGGUUAAGUUACAACAGCUGGAAGCUUCCUAUGCACGCCAAGAGAAGGAGCUGCUCAAGGUAAUGAAGGAGUAUGCUUUUGUGACCCAGCUCUGUGAAGAUCAAGCCCUCUACAUAAAGAAGUACCAGGAAACAUUGAAGAAAAUAGAAGAAGAACUAGAGGCUCGGUUCCUUGAGAGAGAAGUAUCAAAACUUGUGAGCAUGAACUCUGUGGAAAAAGAGCAUACCAGGCAAAAUAAUGAGGGUACUCCUACCCAAAAGACAGCAACAUUUUUCAGUAGAAAGAUUUUUUGCUGUCUCUUUUUCAUCACCCUAUUUUUCAUCAGACUGCUGAGCUACCUGUUUUUUCAUGUAAGAUUCAUAAAUCCAGAUCUCCUCGUCAAUGUACUGCCCAAGGUGCUGAGCAGGAGCACCUUGUGGAAGCUCAGAUGCUUCUUCUUUCCAUCUCUCACACUUGAGACAGAGGACAUGUUACCCCACUGAUUCCUCAAGAAAUAUCCUUGAGCAACAGAAGGGAAGUGGGAUCCGAGCGUGUAGAAGGGAGGCAUGAAACUUGUGGAGGAAAGAGAUUUGCUUCAGUUUUUUCCUCAUCGUUUGCCUACUUGACUACCUUCCAUCACCACAUCAUCUUUCCAGGAUUAACCUUGCCCAGUAAAAAGCUCUGUCAUAGAUUUA